AUUACAAAAGAGAAAAAGAAAAAAAAUAUUGGGGCGGGGAGGGAAGGAGAUAGAAGAAAGAAACAAAGCACAGCACAGAGGCAAAGAAGAACAAGUGUCCAACUUCUGGUUUCCAUAAUUACUUCGUCACAAUCAAUCUCCUCUCUCCAUGCCACACCAAUCAAAAACCUAAUUCCUAAUCGGAGCGAACCAGUAACCGUCAACUGAAAUCCGCAAUUAGGGAGCCGCAGCAAUGGCUUCUGCAAGUUCAACGGCUGCUUCGGCUUUCCUGCCGAUGACGACCAGUCCUCGCAUCAGUGCCAAGAAGGAUGGAAGCAGUUUCCCGAGGGUUAACAAGAGCUUCAACUCCGUGCAGCCUCAACCGUUGCCAAGGCUUCGUUGCACACCGUUGACUCGAUUCCAUGCUACGUCUCACUCCAUCUUUUCUCCUAGAAGGUUGUCAAAUGGUGCUGUUAAUGGGGGCGGCAGUUCUUGUAGAAAGAAGAAUAAGGCUCACAGACAAUAUAGUUCAUUUCUUGGGGAACAGAUGGAGGAAGGUUCUUUUUCCAAAUUAUCCAAGUGCGCAUCCUGUUCGAUGAGAUACCGACGAAGCCGUUACACAUUGAAAAAGUACCUACCUGGAGCCUUCAGUGACAAGUCUACUUUCCGUUUUCCUGGUCACUCGCUCAAUGCUGCUUCAGUGAAGCGCCUCCAUGUUCCACGUGCUUCCGUGGGCCCCAAUGAGCCACAUGCUGCAAGCACAGCCUGUCCAGAUGGCAUACUGGAGAGGCAAGAUUCAGAUAUACCAUUCUCUGAAUUAGAAAGGAUGGGUCUGACUGAUUUCUUAGGUUCCGAACUGCCUUCUCAUCCAAAAUUAUACCGAGGGCAGUUGAAAAACGGGCUCCGCUAUCUUAUCUUACCAAAUAAGGUUCCGCCAAACAGGUUUGAAGCACACAUGGAAGUUCAUGCAGGAUCUAUAGACGAGGAAGAAGAUGAGCAGGGAAUUGCGCAUAUGAUUGAACAUGUUGCAUUCCUUGGUAGUAAGAAACGUGAAAAACUUCUUGGAACUGGUGCUCGAUCCAAUGCUUAUACUGAUUUCCACCACACAGUGUUCCACAUCCAUUCACCAACAACUAAUAAGGGUGCUGAUGGAGAUCUACUACCAUCUGUUCUGGAUGCUUUGAAUGAGAUUGCCUUCCAACCAAAAUUCCUUGCUGCUCGAGUGGAAAAAGAGCGGCGUGCUAUACUUUCAGAACUACAAAUGAUGAACACAAUUGAAUAUCGUGUUGAUUGUCAGCUAUUGCAGCAUCUGCAUUCCGAAAACAAGCUGAGCAAAAGGUUCCCGAUUGGAUUGGCGGAGCAGAUUAAGAAGUGGGAUGCUGACAAGAUUAGGAAAUUUCAUGAACGUUGGUACUACCCUGCUAAUGCAACCCUAUAUAUUGUUGGCGACAUUGAUAAUGUAUCAAUGACCAUCAAUCAGAUUGAGACUGUCUUUGAGCAAGCUGGUGAAAAUGAGGCAGCUCCCACACCUGCACCUAAUGCAUUUGAAGCAGUGGCUAGUUUCCUUGUUCCAAAGCUCUCAGUUGGGAUGCCUGGAAGCCAACCCCAAUCAUCUACUUCGGUAGAUCAAUCCAGUAAUGUAAAAAGAGAAAGGCAUUCAUCUCGGCCUCCUGUGAAGCAUAAUUGGUCCUUUCCUGGUAGCAAGGCAUAUUUGAAGCCCCCUCAAAUAUUUCAACAUGAGUUGCUACAAAAUUUCUCAAUUAAUUUGUUCUGCAAGAUUCCGGUGAACAAAGUUCAAACUUAUGGUGAUUUGCGUAAUGUUUUGAUGAAAAGGAUUUUUCUAUCUGCACUUCAUUUUAGGAUUAACACAAGAUACAAGAGUUCAAAUCCGCCGUUUACUUCAAUAGAACUGGAUCACAGUGAUUCUGGAAGGGAAGGUUGUACUGUUACAACUCUAACAGUUACCGCAGAACCCAAGAAUUGGCAAAGUGCAAUAAGAGUUGCUGUCCAAGAGGUCCGAAGGCUGAAAGAGUUUGGCGUUACCAAAGGUGAAUUAACUCGCUACAUGGAUGCCCUUCUGAAGGACAGUGAACAUCUAGCUGCCAUGAUAGAUAACGUGUCAUCAGUUGAUAAUUUGGAGUUCAUUAUGGAGAGUGAUGCUCUGGGGCACACUGUAAUGGACCAGAAACAAGGCCAUGCAAGUUUGGUUGCUGUUGCUGGGACCGUUACUCUUGAAGAAGUUAAUGCUGUUGGCGCUGAGGUACUGGAAUUUAUUUCUGAUCACGGAAAGCCUAGUGCACCUGUUCCUGCAGCUAUUGUUGCAUGUGUACCUAAGAAAGUGCACAUUGAAGGAGUGGGGGAAACUGAGUUCAAGAUAUCUCCUGUUGAAAUUACAGAAGCCAUAAAGUUUGGGUUGGAGCAACCCAUAGAGGCUGAACCAGAGCUUGAAGUACCGAAGGAGCUGAUAUCUUCAUCACAGUUAGAGGAGCUGAGAUUACAACGCAGUCCUUCCUUCAUUCCUUUAGAUCCAAAACUAAAUGUCACCAAAUUGCAUGACCCUGAAACAGGGAUCACUCAGUGCCGCCUGUCAAAUGGAAUGGCUGUCAACUACAAGAUCUCCAAAUCUGAAUCUCGUGGCGGUGUAAUGCGACUUAUUGUUGGUGGAGGGCGAGCAGAAGAAGGUUUGGAUUCAAAAGGAUCUGUGAUCGUCGGUGUUCGAACUCUUAGUGAGGGAGGUCGUGUUGGAAACUACUCAAGAGAACAAGUAGAACUUUUUUGUGUGAAUCACCUAAUAAACUGCUCUCUGGAGUCGACUGAAGAGUUCAUUUGUAUGGAGUUCCGGUUUACACUACGAGACAAUGGGAUGCGAGCAGCUUUUGAGUUACUUCACAUGGUGCUUGAGCAUAGUGUUUGGUUGGAUGAUGCCUUUGAUAGAGCAAGGCAAUUGUAUCUGUCCUACUACCGGUCAAUUCCCAAAAGCUUGGAACGGGCAACCGCUCACAAACUCAUGACAGCAAUGUUAAACGGGGAUGAGAGAUUUAUUGAACCAUCACCACAAUCACUACAGAAUUUGAAUUUGGAUUCUGUGAAAGAUGCUGUGAUGAAUCAGUUUGUUGGCGAUAACAUGGAGGUAAGUAUUGUGGGAGAUUUUACCGAGGAGGAGAUUGAAUCUUCCAUUAUUGAUUUCCUGGGGACAGUUAGAGUAACGGGGAGUUCUAGCAGUCAGAAACAAACUACUCCAGUCUUGUUUCGACCCUCGGCUUCCAACCUGCAGUCGCAACAAGUGUUCCUGAAGGAUACAGAUGAGAGGGCUUGCGCAUAUAUUGCCGGUCCUGCGCCAAACCGUUGGGGUCUAACUGUAGAUGGAGAAGACCUGUUUCAGUCAAUCAAUGAUACAAGCGUCUCAUCAGGUCACCGGUUCGUGACAAUGUAUUAUAUUAUUGUAGAGGAACAAUCUACGGAAGGGAAGGAUGCCCAUAAGGAAUUACAAAUGAAACUACGCAGCCACCCCUUAUUUUUCGGCAUAACAAUGGGCCUGCUGGCUGAGAUUAUAAAUUCAAGGCUAUUUACCACAGUUCGGGACUCCCUGGGACUGACGUAUGACGUUUCAUUCGAGUUGAGCCUAUUUGAUAGGCUUAACCUCGGUUGGUACGUGGUAUCUGUCACUUCAACUCCAAGCAAGGUACACAAAGCUGUUGAAGCGUGCAAAAGCGUUCUCAGAGGAUUGCACAGCAACAAAAUAGCUCCGAGGGAGUUGGAGAGGGCGAAGCGCACCCUCCUUAUGAGACAUGAAGCCGAGAUAAAGUCCAAUGCCUACUGGCUAGGAUUGAUGGCCCAUUUGCAAGCUUCUUCAGUCCCUAGGAAGGAUAUUUCAUGCAUCAAAGAUCUCAUUUGGCUCUACGAAGCUGCAACCAUUGGAGACGUAUAUCUUGCCUACGAGCAGUUGAAAGUGGACGAAGAUUCUCUAUAUUCCUGCAUCGGGGUUGCUGGCGCUCAGGCUGGGGAGGAUGUGACCGCUUCUUUGGUAGAGGAGGGAGAAACGGAAGAUGAUGGAUUCGGGGUACCAAUGCCAGCAGGAGGACGCGGUUUAACUACAAUGACACGGCCAACUACUUGACCUACCUGUGUAGGACCGAAUACGUGGGUUGCUUCCGUCGUCCUCAGGACAAAGACUCUGGCUGCAGCUGUUGCUACUGGUUCAAACUGCUGCCACUCGAUCUACGCCAUUCAUAUACGCCCCCAUCGUCAGCGCUCUGAUUGCUUGACCUUCACGUUUAUGGCUGGAGAUCCACACAACCAUUACCAGCAUCAUUUCUCGUUGGGAGAAAUUCAUUCAUAGGCAUUGUAAACGUAAAGAAUACUUGUUCUACCAUUUUUGGGUGUAUAAUGAAUAAUGACUGCAAUGGUCAUGUUUCUUACAAUAAUAGUAAUAGAAAGUAGAAAUGUAAAGUUCUCAAUUUUUUAGUUUGGAAACUGAAAAAUUGGUAUAGUUUGGCUGGUAAGCCCUUUGAGAUUGUACUUCUCUGCCUCUGGGUGCAAACCUAGUGACGGAUUCACCCUACUCUUUGCUGGAAGCCUAUGAAGAGCUCCCGGCGAGUAAAGCAGAUUUCGAAGUGAUCUUCGUUGCUUCGGACAAAGACGAUGAAUCUUUUGACGAAUGCUUUUCCAUAACUCGGAUACUCGUGCUAGUCACAACACAUGUUAAAUUCUAUCAUUUCUCUGCAAUGUAGUC